AUGAAUAUUAGAGGAGGAGGUAGCUCUUUGAAGAGAAGAAGAGUGAGCUCUAUUAUUACAAAGGGGAAAGCGUAUAUUUUCAUAAUUCAAGAAACUAAAAUUAAAUAUUUCAAGGAUUCGUUUGUCAAGAGUUUUUGGAAUGGUUCGGAUAUAGGUUUUUCUUUUUCUAAUUCAAAUGGUGUGUCGGGUGGAUUGCUAACUCUUUGGAAGGGGGAAAAUUUGGAGGUGGUGAAUAGCUUUAAAGGAGAAGGGUAUCUAGGUAUCAAAGUUAGGUGGGAGAAUUUGAGGUACUAUGUUAUAAAUGUUUAUUCUUCUUGCGAUAUGGAAAAGAAGAAGUUGUUGUGGGACAAUUUGUUGAGAUUGAAGGAGAUAUUCAAGGACGGGGAGUGGAUUAUCGGAGGGGAUUUCAACGCUAUUAAAAAUGUUAGAGAAAGAAGAGGGAGGGCGGCCGUUGUUAAUCAUAAUGAAUCGAGACUCUUCGCGGAUUUCAUUCACAAUUCUUCAUUGGUGGAUAUGUCGUACAAGGGGAAAAAGUACACAUGGUAUAGUGGUGAUGGGAAGUCUAUGAGUAGAAUUGACCGUUUUCUUAUAUCGGAGGAGGUGAUGGAUAGAUGGGAAUGGAAUAAUAUGGAGGUGGAAGGGAGAGGGGAUUUUGUUUUGAAAGAGAAGUUAAAACUUCUUAAAGUCAAAUUAAAGUGGUGGAAUGUAGAGGUGUUUGGGAGGUAUGAUUUGAGAGUGGAGGAAGAUGUGAGGAAUAUUAACAUGUAUGAUGAGUUAUUGGAGUCGCGUAAUGAGGAUAUGAUCAAGGAGGUUAUUAAGGAACGAAGGAGGAUUAACCACAUUGGUCCUAUUCUUUCUUCGAGGGGUAUAUUAGAAUCAGUGGGAGAAGUAAAGGAGGAAGUGUUUAGGCAUUUUAAAGAUAAAUUAAAGGAGGAAGAGAUAUAUAGACUGGUGUUGGAUGGGAUCCAUUUCAACAACAUUAUUGAAUCGGAUUCGGCAUUGCUUGAAAGUCCGUUUUUGGAAGAGGAGAUAAAGGAAGCAAUAUGGAGUUGUGGAGGAUCGAAGAGUCCAGGACCGGAUGGGUAUUCUUUCCUUUUCUUCAAAAGGUGUUGGUCUUUCUUAAAGGAUGAUGUUGUCCGCUUUUUUAAAAGUUUCUAUGAAGACGGUUCUCUUUCUAAGGCGGUUACAUCUUCCUUUAUUUCGUUGAUCUCUAAAUCUCUUAAUCGUUUAUCUUUAGAUGACUAUAGACCCAUUUGUUUGGUGGGGAGCAUGUACAAAGUGGUGACGAAAUUGUUGGCGGGUAGAUUAAAGAGAAUUCUUGGUACGAUUGUUUCCCCGUGCCAAAGUGCUUUUGUGCCGGGAAGACAAAUGUUAGAAGGAGUAGUGGUGGCGAAUGAGGUGGUCGACUUUGCGAGGAAAGAAGGUAAGGAUUGUCUUCUUUUCAAAGUGGACUUCGAAAAAGCUUAUGACAAAGUGAAUUGGAAUUUUUUGAGAUAUAUGUUUAGGAAGAUGGGAUUUGGAGCCAAAUGGAGAGGUUGGAUGGAAAAGUUGGUUUUCAAAAGUCACAUGUUGAUUCUUGUGAAUGGGAGUCCGACGGAAGAUUUUGAAGUUGGUAAGUGGUUGAGGCAAGGUGAUCCUCUUUCGCCUUUUCUCUUUGUGUUGGUGGCGGAAGGGCUCACGGGGUUGGUAAGGAAGUCUAUAGAGGUGGGCGAAUUUGAUUUUUUCUCAAUUAAUCGGAGUUGUGCGGUUGAUAUCCUUCAAUUUGCGGAUGACACUUUAUUGGUCGGGAAAGGGAAUUGGAAACAUGUUUGGGCGAUUAAAGCGGCGCUUAAGGCGUUUGAGUUGGUUUCGGGUUUAUGCAUAAAUUACCACAAAAGCAAGUUAAUUGGGAUUAACAUAAAUAGUGGGUUUUUGGAAGCGGCUUCAAUUGUUCUUUCGUGCAAGAUUGAAGAUAGUAACUUUUACUUUCUAGGGAUCCCGGUGGGGUUUAAUCCGAGAAAAGCUAAGACUUGGGAACCGCUUUUAUCCAAGAUGAGAAAUCGGUUGGCAGGCAUAUGGGGGUCAUGGACCUUAAAGGAUUGUGGUUCCUUGCUGAAGAUUAGUGGUGUUCAUCAGUUGAGGAUUCAGUCAAGGUUUCAUGUUAAGGCUAUUAGGGUCACAACAUUAAAGCAGAGGUUUUCAUUGGAAAUUGAAGAUUAUGGCAAGAUGCCGGCCAAGGUGGCGAAGGAGUUUACGCGCCUUCAAAGCGGUUUCUUAUGGGGGGAGGAGAGGAGAGGAGAUGUAUUCAUUGGAUUACUUGGAGGGAGGUUUCUAAUUCAUAAUGGCUUUAAUACCUCGUUUUGGGAUGUAAAGUGGUUGAAUGGGAUGGUUUUGAAGGAGGAGUUUCCAAGCCUUUCUGAGGCAUCUUGUUUGAAAACGGUUUCGGUGGCAGCUAUGGGAGGAUGGGUAGAUAAUAAGUGGAUAUGGGGGGAUUGUGGCAUUUCGGGGUACCGUUUGCAAGACACAUCGAAGGCGGCCGAGUGGGGGGUUUUUCGUUGA